AUGAAAAAAAAUGCUCUAGCUGCGACGCUAGAAGAAAAAACUGCCCGGUCGCCUCUGGGUCGUUUCUUGCCUACUCGGGCUAGUUUAGCCACGGAAAAAGCGAAAGAUGCACUUAACAAGUUGGCCCGCGGUGAUAUAGAUGCAUUUUUAGGAGUUGCGUCAUCUGUUGCUACGGUAACCUUAGGAGUAGCGGAAGCCCUCAUACCCGGCGUUGGUACAGUAAAGAAAGGGUUACAAGCAGCAAAAUUUGCGUUGGGCACCACCAAGGAUGUUAUUUCCGGCGGAGUUGGGGGAUUUGGUUUGGGUUCUAUCGGUAAUCUGAAAGAUGGUUUAGCCCAAGCCCAAGGCGAAAUCGAAUCUAAAAGUCAAGAACUCACGGAAAAUAUCGACCAGUUGCGGGCUGAGCUGGAAAGGCAAAAGGAAGAUUUAGCAAAUCAACUCAAGAGCCAAGAAAGUCGUUUAGAAACUCGUUUGGUCGAUGAAAUUCGCCAACAAGAAGCCAAAAUCACCCAACUCCAAGCCGAAACCAAAAAGCAAUUAGUCGAGGAGCAAAAAAAACUUUUAGAAGAAGCCAUUCGGAAACUCGAAGCAGCCCAGCAAAAUAUUAAUCGGGCUAGUCAAGAACAAAUCAAAAAUGCGGAAGCCAAAUUUUCUGAGUUUAGCCAAAAGUUUGACCAAGCAGGGCAGGAAAGGCAAGAACUUCGGGACGAACUCCAAAAGCAAGCCGAAAUUCUGCGUUGGCAUGAACAAAGAUUAAAUUCUUUUGCCCAGGAAAUGGAAAACAUCAAGCAGGAAGUUAACCAAAGAAUGGAUAAACUAGAAGGAAGAAUCAACCAAGCUUUACAAUUAGCUCAGCGGACUAGCCAAAGAGUAGAUGCGUUAGCCACGGAAAUGGCCAAAACUCAGGAUAAAGUAGACAAACUAGAUAAGCAAAUGCAACAAAAUCAACAAGCUAUCCAACAAGCCCGGGAAGAAGUGCAAAGAACUAACCAACGAUUAGACGAUUUUAUCAAGAGGCAAGAAUUACUAGACUUCUCAGCCCAGCAAUUAGUUUUUGACCAGAUCCAAAAAACUCUGGCUAAUAAAGCCGAAGAAGCUAAGUUAUUAGCCACUCUCAAUUUGCUCGAAGAAACCAAAAAUUUACUCCCGGAAGAAAUAAUCCCGACUACCGGAGCCGAAACUGCGGACCAACCUGUUAUCUCGCUUUUACAAAGUCUAAUUUCCGCUCUCGAGGGACAAGAGUCAGUACGAAGGCCCUCGGAAUACAAACCCCGAGAAGACCGCGAUUUGUCAGAAUAUCGCCGGAGUGAAAUUGAUGCCGAACAACCUGAAGAAGCUAAGGAUCGGGAAAAAGUUAACACGAAUUUAGAAAAGUUAGAAGAAAUGAAAAAGGAAGUGCUGGAAAGAUUACAACCGGUUCAGCAAGCCAUUAAGCAAGAUUUAGAAGCAUUAGAAAACCGAAAAGAAACCAAGCCAACCCGUAACCAAGAACAAAUUUCGCGGCAAUACCGCAUUAAUAAAACCCAAAAAGAGAUUACCGAGUUAGAGGAAAAAGACAAUAAUCAGUCAAAAUCUAACGCCGAAAAAGAAAGAAUUGCUCGGGAAUUACAACAAAAACGCGAGGAAUUAGAAACUUUGCAAAAGCAACAAGAAUUUGUUGAACAACUAGACGAGCAAGAAAAAAAAGUUCUCCAAGGCAAAAAGCAGGAAUUAGAACAACAAUGA